CGGCUCAGGCCGUGCGGUGCGAGCGAUCGGCGGCCCCCGUGCCGGACCCCCCUGCCCUGCCCUGCCCUGCCCUGCCCGCCGGAGCCCGCACACACACCAGGUUUAGAUCUGCACAAGAACCACGAUCAGGAACCAUGGCAUCCAUCCCAUCCAGCGGCUCGCUCAUGGCCACGCACAACUAUCGCAGAAGGCGCCUGAGCUCCACAUCCAGCACCAGCUCCUGCAGCUCAGAGUACUCUGGGGAGGUCAUCCCCCAUGGCCCAGACCUGCCCAAGUCUGACCCUGGCCAGUGGUGGGCCAGCUUCUUCUUUGGGAAGACAACUCACCCAGCCAUGACAACGGUGUCAGAGUCCCAGGAGAGCCUGGGAGCCCUGCGGGUGGCCACAGGACCGGUGGCCUGUGGGCUGGUGGCAGGACGGAGGCGCCACGUCAGCGAGUCCAGCGCGGGACCCUCGGUGUGAGCGGGCACUGCCCUGCUGCCCACCCCGGCGGGCACAGCCCCUCCCUGUAGAGUAGCUGGCUGCUCCAAGCACGAGGUGCUGCUUUCUGAUGGAAAGGUGCAGCAACCCUGACGAUUCCACUCCAGCCUUUUUUACUCCCUCCCAGUGUAACUAAGCCCUCUCAAAGCAGACUUGGUAACACGCUUUUAUUACCUUAAACUUGUACAAUGGCAAUGAAUAAACUGGAGCAGCCUUUUAAAACCC